UUGGAAUUUUGGAGUAUUAUUCACAGAUAAAAUAGAAUCCAAUCACCCAUAGCUCUUUCUCUCCUUUCAAAAAUAGAAAAAUGGUUGAGAAUUUAUGCAGCAGAUAGAUUGCAGUAGUUUGCGUGAAGAAACCUCUCCGCGUAUUGCCUUCCUGAUUUUGCUCGUCUCUCUCGAACACGCGUUGAUACUGCGCCGCUCUUCUCAGGCUGUCAAGAUGCCGGAGAUUCAGUUGGGUGCUCACACAUUUAGAACUCAUGGUGCUCAAGUAGCCAGGUUUCACAUGCAUGAUUGGCUCAUACUUUUUCUGCUUGUCGCGAUUGACAUAGCCCUGAAUGUCAUUGAGCCAUUUCACCGGUUUGUUGGUCAAGACAUGAUGACUGACCUGAAGUAUCCGUUGAAAGAUAACACCAUCCCCUUUUGGGCUGUUCCGAUACUUGGAAUACUAUUGCCUAUAACCAUCAUCCUUGUCUUCUACUUUAUCCGACGAGAUGUCUAUGAUUUACACCAUACUAUAUUGGGACUGCUUUUCUCUGUACUUAUAACUGCUGUUCUCACUGAUGCAAUCAAAGAUGCUGUUGGCCGCCCUCGGCCUGACUUCUACUGGCGCUGCUUCCCCGAUGGCAAACCUUCUUUUCACAAUGUGACAGGGUCUGUCCAGUGCACUGGAUUAAAGAGUGUCAUCAAAGAAGGUCAUAAAAGUUUUCCCAGUGGACAUACAUCAUGGUCCUUUGCCGGGCUUGGCUUCCUGGCGUGGUAUCUGUCCGGGAAAAUCAGAGUGUUUGAUCGUAGAGGCCAUGUAGCGAAGCUAUGUCUCGUCUUUUUUCCAUUACUCCUGGCAGCGUUAGUUGGAGUGUCGAGAGUUGAUGAUUAUUGGCACCAUUGGCAGGAUGUCUUCACUGGAGGUUUAUUAGGGUUGACAGUUGCCUCAUUUUGUUACUUGCAAUUUUUUCCUCCACCAUAUGACACAGACGGUUGGGCUCCUCAUGCAUAUCUCAACAUGGUGGCAGAGUCGCAGAGUGAAAACCGAGCAUCAAUGAACAAUGGAAGCAAUCUAACCGUAUGAGAGUCGGAGUUUGAGACUGUGCAAGUCUGAUAUAUCAAGUAGAAAUGAGGCUAAUCCAUUUAUUAAGAGGGUGCAGAUUUUGACAAAUUCUACUUUUGUUAUAGCACUCCUAUUAUACUGUGAACUAUGACUGCUGCUGGUUUUUUCUACUUGCUGAAUUCUAUAAAAUAAUUGAAAUGUAAAAGGUGAUCAAAUUUCAUGACUCA